AGCAGCUGCCUGCUGUUAUUUCAGCUCAAGUUGCGCAAACUCUCCAAUGUUUUGUAUCAUUUCGCGCUUACAAUGUUAUUCUAAUGUUGGCUACAUGUGUGUGUUUUCAGCGUUAUUUAACAUCAUGCGUAGAAGAUUAGGAGAACCAGCGUACACCGACAGUAAUUAUAGGCACCCUUAAGCAAGUAGACCACGUGACCAAAGCGGGGCGGUCGAACUAAGCCAUUUUGGGGACGGUGUCAGUUUCCACGGAGCACACACACACACUGCUGCAUUUUACUGGGGGGUGAAGCGGAUAUUUUGGAGGCAAAGUUCUCGGUGCCGAAGUGAGAACCUUCCCGAGCCGAAGCCGGAGGACCGGGUUCUUUUGACGCCGUGGAUAGGAUACGUAAAGAGCGUACAAGCGAGGAGAAAACAGGAGGAGUUUUUAUUCGCACAUCUGAAAUGCGCUCCGGUCCGCCGUGCGCUCUCAGCCACUGACAGCGUCUGCAGCCUGCUUCAAGAUGGCGGCUCGGCUCCUAUUCAUUUUCUGCUGAUCUGCCUCCCAACUUUCAUUGUCUAUUCGCCUCAAGACCCACCGAUUCCCAGCCGAGCGUUCAGGAUUGUUGUUCCUUUUGCUCAUCAUGCAUCGGACGACCAGGAUAAAGAUCACUGAGCUCAACCCUCACCUAAUGUGCGUCCUGUGCGGAGGAUAUUUCAUAGACGCAACCACCAUCAUCGAAUGUCUUCACUCAUUCUGCAAAAUGUGCAUUGUGCGCUACCUGGAAACCAGUAAAUACUGUCCCAUCUGUGAUGUACAAGUGCAUAAAACCAAGCCUCUGCUCAACAUUAGGUCUGACAAAACUCUACAGGACAUUGUGUAUAAGCUGGUUCCUGGCCUCUUCAAAAAUGAAAUGAAAAGGAGGAGAGACUUUUAUGCCGAGCACCCUGUAGAUGCUUCAAAUGGAUCCAAUGAAGAUCGCGGCGAGGUGGCAGACGAGGACAAGAGAAUUAUUACAGAUGAUGAGAUCAUCAGCCUUUCUAUUGAGUUUUUUGAUCAGAGCAGACUGGGAGGCGUAGCAGAGGAGAAGCAGCCUAAAGAUCAGGUGGCAAACAAAAGGUACCUUCAGUGUCCAGCAGCCAUGACAGUCAUGCAUCUGCGGAAGUUCCUGCGCAGCAAAAUGGACAUCCCAAACACCUACCAGGUUGAGGUCAUGUAUGAAGACGAACCUCUGAAAGAUUACUACACAUUAAUGGAUAUUGCAUAUAUCUACACUUGGAGAAGGAACGGCCCGCUGCCUCUGAAGUACCGGGUCCGACCCAGCUGUAAGAAGAUGAAGGUGAGCCACGCGCAGCAGGAGGGCCAGAACAGCGCAAGCAGAUCCGGUCCUGAGAGCGACUCAGCCAGCGACAAAGCCGGCAGUCCCACGGGGGCCCCGUCCACGUCCUCGUCUCUCCCGAGCCCGGGCACACCGGCUCAAUCCCCUCACCCUCAGCUCCCACCACAUGGCCCCAACAACAACGUGAACGGGACCCCGGCAGUCGCUGCUCCACCUACCCCUGGUCGAGCUUUCACCCAGUUCAGCAGCGGUGGCGGGAAACCCCGGAAAGUGUCUUUGAACGGCUCCUCGACCUCUUCGGGGUGACUCGGGAUGACUCGGUGGCCCCAGAUCGGACCGGACCGGACCAGCCAACGCCAGACAUCCGCUCAGCUAAUACUGUCUUCAUGCCAACCUAGUUCCAUUGUGUAGACCUCUCUCUCUCUCUCUCUCUCUCUCUCUCUCUCUCUCUCUCUCUCUCUCUCUCUCUCUCUCUCUCU